AUGAAGUUAGUCAGUGAGGAAGAAAUUAGAGCACACACAAGAACUACUCUGAUGGGUGGUAUCAAGGGUAUGGCAUUAGGUACUGCCAUGUCACUGGGUAUCUAUGCUUUGGCUCCAAGAUACUAUCCAAGACUGUUUUCUUUGCCAUGGUCCAUCAGAACUGCAGUCUUUAUUAUUCCACCAGUGUUCACCGCUUCCGUCAAUGCAGAACUAUGCUCCAAUGAGUUUGACUAUGACAUGUAUUCCUCAGAAGCUUCUCAGAAACGUAUUUUGGCAGAGCACCGUCGUUGGGAGGCGUUAUCUCCAACUGAGAAGAUUGUCGAAACGCUAUCUGCCAAGAAGUAUGCAAUCAUCACUGGUUUAUGGGGUGCUUCCAUGUGGGGAUCCUGGGUUUACGUCAACAGGGAUCCUCUGUUAACAAAGACACAGAAGUUCGUCACUGCUAGAAUGUACGCUCAAUUUCUAACUGUUGGUUUGCUUCUCGCCUCUAUUGGUUUGAGCAUGUACGAAGAAAACCUGAACAAGAAGAACAAAAAGGUCACCCACAAGGCCGAAGAUGAGGCAUUGGAGGAAGCUUUGUCUCAACAAAACUAA